GUUCAGUCAGUCAUUACUGGGGCAGCAUGGAGCUCAGUCUGCUCUCCCUGAUGCUCUUGCUGGUUGUGCUCAUCCACUGUGGACAAACUCAAGAAAAGCCCAAACUGAGGGUGGAGCCUCAGAGCCCAGACACAGUUACUCUGAGCUGUGAGCUGCCACAGUCUACUGGAUGGACGAUUAUAUUGUGGAAAAACUCUGUUGUUUUACAACAUGGUCUGACCACGAUCACUGAAACACUGCCUAAAGAAGGUGGAGCAGAGUUCAGAUGUGCAGCACACAGGGGAAACGAUUUUACACCAUUCAGUGAUCUUGUCAAGAUUACAGUAGUAGAGAAACCAAAAGCUACAGUGAACGUCCAGCCAGCUGGUCAUGUGUGUGAUUAUACCUGUAAAGGAAGACAAAAGACAAGCCAAACAUUCACACGCCCCAGUGAAGCUGCUACACUGACUGUAUCAGCAGUAAAAGUCAAACCUACAAUCACCUCAAACCCUGAAGGAGCUGCACUGACAGGAAACACAGUGACUCUGUACUGUAAACUCCAUCAGUCUGCUGGAUGGACGUUUUACUGGUCCAAACACACACAGAGCUCUGAGAAGGAGACCAUCACCAACGUCUACACCAUCAGCUCAGUUAGUCUCUCUGAUGGAGGUCAGUACUGGUGCAGAGCUGGCAGAGGAAACCCAGUCUACUACACACACUACAGUGAUGCACUCUGGGUAAAAGUUACUGACAGCACUAAAGCUGUGGUGUCCAUAAAGCCUGAUAAGCAAGUGUUUAAAGGAGAGACGGUCACUCUGAGAUGUGACAUGCAGGCAGGAGGAGACACUGAGUGGACUUACAGCUGGUAUAAAGAUGACCGUCUGUCCUCAAACAGAAGAACACAGGAGUUCACAGUCAGCUCUGUUACAGAGUCUAACGGUGGUAAAUACACCUGCAGAGGAGACAGAACACAUGACAUUCAGAGCUCAGAGAUCAGUGAUGCUGUUACCCUGACUGUGUCUGAUGUAGCUCAGGCAGUAUUGAGUGUGUCUCCACAGAGCUGGCUGACUGAAGGAGAGUCAGUGACUCUAAGCUGUGAGGUUACAGGCUCCUCUACAGGCUGGACAUUCAGCUGGUACAGAGCUGCUCUCUACAGACAAGGCUUAGAGCAAAUAAGAGACGUUCAUGGCAAAGUUCUGUAUCAUGUAGAGCUCCUGUCAGACAGGGGAAGAGAAGCUGGAGGCUCCUACACUCUCAGUUCUGCUGCUGUAAAUCACACAGGAGUUUAUGUGUGCAGAGCAGAGAGAGGAGAACCAGCCUAUCAGACACAGUACAGCACUGUGCAGACACUGUGGAUCACUGGUUCAUCUCCUCCAGCCUCUCUGAUCAUCAGUCCCAGCAGAACUCAACACUUUAGUGCUGGCUCUCUCUCACUGAGCUGUGAGGGACAGAGUGACUCUACUGGAUGGAGAGUGAGGCGAUACACACACAGUGGGGAGGUGUCAGAUUGUUCAUCAGUUACAGGAUCUACAUGCAGCAUCAGCUCCCUCCACACAUCCCUCACUGGAGUUUACUGGUGUCAGUCUGAGUCUGGAGGAGGAAGUGAUCCUCUCAACAUCACAGUGCACAAUGGUGAUGUGAUUCUGGACAGUCCUGUCCAUCCUGUGUCUGAGGGAGAUUCUCUGACUCUCCGCUGUUUAUUUCGCUCCACAAAGCCCUCAAACCUCACAGCUGAUUUCUAUAAAGAUGGAUCACUGCUCCAGACCCAGACGACAGGAGAGAUGAUCAUCAUUACUGUCUCAAAGUCAGAUGAAGGUCUCUACCACUGUAAACACCCAGAGAGAGGAGAGUCACCACAGAGCUGGCUCUCAGUCAGAGCUUCAGGUUCUGGUGUAACAGUAGCAGUAAUAGUCGGAGUGUCAGUGGGACUGAGUCUAAUCUUGCUCCUCAUCAUCAUACUGGGCCUGAUUUGCUGCUACAAGAAGAGCAAAGGUGAUUCUGCAGCUCAGCCCAGUGAUGACACUUACGCUGAGAUUAUGACUACAAACAGCUACAGAGGAAACGAUGAAGCAGUGAGGAGACCAAAUGAUGUGACUUAUUCCCAAAUUGAGAUGAAACAUUUCAACUACCACAGUGAAGGUCUGUGAAGAAAACUGCUGCUGCUGCUGUCGCAGGACAGAAAGUAAGCAUUUCCAGAAACUCCUGGUUGGGUUUUAAGGAGUGCAGACAGACGAGGAUCUGAACACAUUUAGACUGUCAGAAUCAUCUUUAAUAUCUGUAUAUCUUUCAGUAACAAACGCUCUGUUAGUGUUUUAUACUGAUGAAGUGAGAAGAGUCACUUUUUCUCGUUGGUGUAUUAAUGUACUUUUCUAACUCUGACUCUGAGUUGAGGAAUAAUCAGAUAUUCUGAACUCGGCUUUGAUGAUAAUAUCUGGGUGUAUUAGCUAGUAAAAUGAGUUAGUUAGCUAGUAGAGUGUAAUCUGAAACUGUACCCUCAAUAUCUGUACCAUAUAUAUCUAUCAAUAUACCAUCUGUCUCUGCUGAGGAACUUUUAUUUGCUGUACAGUUUCCUCUCGUCUGUUUUUGCACUGCUUAUAGCUCAGUAAUUUUAUUUUAUUAGAUUGUUAUUUUGCAGGACGUGCUACACUGCAGUCUUCUUAAAUGGAGUUUAAUACUCUCUGUUAUGAGUAAUAAUACACUGUACACCUACAGACAGUAUUUAUCAUAGCAAUAUUAAACGUAAUAUUAAGACAUACUAGCACAAUGUCAGACAUAAUAAUAUAAGACAUAGUCACACAAUGAGUUUUGAUGCUUAAUGUACUUUAAUUUUUUUUCAUUUUAGAUAUUUUAUAUUGUCCUUAUG